CGUGUCUUAUACUGUCACACUCAUUUCUUACACGAACUUAACCAAAAUCGUCAAUCAUUAGCAAGAAUGGCCGAACCAAGGGUUUUCACUCUCUCACAGGUUGCUCAGCACAGAUCCAACAAAGACUGUUGGGUGGUGAUCAAUGGAAGAGUUUUGGAUGUGACAAAGUUUUUGGAGGAACACCCGGGAGGGGAAGAGGUGGUUCUAGAAGUUGCUGGGAAGGAGGCGACGAAGCAAUUUGAUGCCAUUGGACACAGCAAAGCAGCACAAAACAUGGUACUAAAGUACCAGGUUGGUGUUCUCGAAGGUGCCAAGGUUGAAGAGGUAGACAUGAACGAUGAUGUUGUUGACAUGGAAUCCAACAGCAAAGAGAUGAGUGCCUUCGUCAUCAAAGAUGGUGCAAACUAUAAGUCAACCUCAUUUUACGAGUUCUUUGUUCCUCUUCUUGUUGCUGCUCUCUACUUUGGCUAUCGAUGCCUCACCGUCCCUCAAUAUUAGCUCUUCUUAUUCAAACUUGUUGAUCAUAUGAUCAAUUGCUUUAUGCUGCAUGUCUUAGCUUUUAA